AUGCGUUUCACGGACAAAUCUCCAGUUUCUCUGCAAAAUUCGGUGAACUCGUUUCGCCGUUACACUCGAGGAUGUUAUCUGGCGCUGUUGACCUUACUAUCAUUGUUCAUCCUCGCCAGCAUUCUGCAUCAAAAGCAAAACUAUCUGCUGUGUAUCUCUUUAAGUUUACAGUCUAAUAUAAAGCCAUCCAGGUCUAUCGUUAUCCACCCAGGAGAUAUUAUCAGUAGGAGCUCGCUGGAAGUGAGGCCACAAGAUGAUCAAGCGCCAUUUGCCCAUGAGCCAGUUGGGACUGGAACAUUACGUGAUGUUCGGGAAGAGAAAUUCUAUCGUGGGGGGACAUUGACAGUGGCACACGAAAAUGACGAUAUUAAUCCCCCGAUCCCUGUCAUUUAUGAUCCUUAUCCAGAGUACAACAGUGCGCAGUGGCGCAAAGAGUUUACGGGGAGACUCCACGUUUGUGAGGGCCCGCGAGGAAAGUCUCUGAGCCGCUCGAGUGCCCAAGAUAUGAUGUCUGUUUAUCCAGGUAACCAAAAAGAUUUCCCUGCACCCAUGUUCGGGUCGUAUCAGGCAACGGGCCUCGACGGAAAUGUCUGUUCCAAUCGCUUUUCUCGAUUGGGUGCGUACGGGUACGGGAGUGAUACCACUCACCCUACCUCUGGAGUCAAUUGGAACGAGACCAACUGGGGGUCACUUCAGUCACAGUGCUUUGAGAGGAACGUUGGAAGAUAUUCCCCAAGUGAGACCAAUUCACGCCCAAUCAGGCUCACACUGCCAGUUCACCCUCGUGUUGCUGCACGCACCCUCCCUCGUGAUCAACCAACUUCUUCGCCACAUAGCUCACGGUACAAACCAAGAUCAGCCGUUAUCCUACGUGCGUGGCAUGACAUGGAAUGGACCGAGAACCUUAAACAGAAGGUCCGGUCACUUAUCACGGAGCUGUCGUUACACUCUGGUGGCGAGUAUCAGGUCUUCGUCUUGGUUCACGUCAAAGAUGAAAGCAUCCCGAUCUAUACAGAUGAUGACGAGGUUAUGAAGGAGAUUAAGGCUCGGUUUAUUCCACACGAAUUCCGGGACAUGGUUGUUCUUUUCAACGAGAAUACUUUAAAAUCAUGGUAUCCUAGAGUCGAGGAACACAGCGCAAAUUUUCAGUAUUGGCAACCGGUUCAAAUAUUUUCUCAGGUGUUCCAGGACUUUGAGUAUUACUGGCAAUUGGAAGUGGAUUCCAGAUUCACCGGCCACUCUUACCAUUUUCUCGAAAAGUCCGCGGAGUUUGCAAAACGACAACCGCGGAAAUAUCUUUGGGAGCGCAAUGCCUACUUAUACAUUCCAGGUGCACAUGGAAUUUGGCAGGACUUUAUCAAAAUGAGUGUUUGGGGGCCUAUUAGCAUCCAUCAAAUAACCCCAAUAGGCCCCAAGCCCCCGGUCGCUUUCCCAGAAGAUGAUAAGUAUGAAUGGGGUGUUGGCGAAGAAGCAGAUCUCAUCACCUUUCUCCCGAUCUUCGAUCCUACUGAUACACAAUGGCUAUUCAGGAAUCUGCUAUGGGGACUUCCAGAAGAUGUUCCACGGCGAACAUCCCCUGUGGCCAUGGGGCAUGUAUCAAGGGAAUUAUUGCACCAGAUGCAUAUCAUACAGAUCCAACGAGGAAUGGGUUUGGUUUCUGAAAUGACGCCUCCUUCGCUUGCUCUCUGGCAUGGACUUAAAGCCGUCCACGUGCCCCAACCUCUUUAUCUUGACGGUAAAUGGACAUCGAAGGAGAUCAACCGAAUCAUGAACCUAGGUGAACCUAAUAAGAUCAACGGUGGACCUGACAGCCUCUGGAACUGGGACCAUCUAUGGGAUCACAUUCUCUAUCGAUUGACAUACAUGUUUACAACACAAACUGCGGAGGAUUUAUAUCGGAGAUGGCUAGGCUACCCGAUCGAUCCUAAUCAAUACACCGAUGGCACCUAUCACCAAGAUAGCGCCGGUCGAAAUUGGUUUGAAACCGGCGACUUACGGGAGGACUUGUAUGGACCACUCUGUUUUCCAUCUAUGUUACUUCAUACUAUCAAAAACACGGGGGAGACGGAGAAGAAGGGAGAAGCCAUGGCAGUCCCUGUUUGA